CACAAGUUUUAGCAUCGGCUUGUCACUCCUUUUGAGUUCUCUGGGCGUUCCUCCUUCAUUUAAAGAAGUCGGCUUCUUAUUUAUUUUACUCCAUAAAGAACGAUUACACGGGGUAUAAUUGGUAUCAUUAUUAGUCAGCCUGAUUCGCCAUGCAGAACAACCAGAAAGAACAUCUUUACAAAAUUUUGGUAAUCGGUGAUUUAGGAGUGGGAAAGACGAGCAUAAUUAAGCGUUAUGUUCACCAAAACUACUCUCAGAAUUACAGGGCAACCAUUGGAGUAGACUUUGCUUUAAAAGUUUUGAAUUGGGACACUGACACUGUUGUCAGACUCCAGCUGUGGGACAUAGCAGGUCAAGAACGUUUUGGAAAUAUGACGCGAGUUUAUUACCGGGAGGCCAUGGGAGCAUUCAUCGUCUUUGAUGUUUCCAGGCUGUCAACAUUUGACGCAGUGACGAAAUGGAAAGAGGAUUUAGACUCAAAACUGACUCUUUCAAACGGCAAGCCCAUCUCUGCUGUGCUCCUGGCAAACAAAUGUGAUCAGGGAAGGGAGGUGUUCAUGAACAACGGCAUCAAAAUGGACCAGUUCUGCAAAGACAAUGGGUUUGUUGGCUGGUUUGAAACAUCUGCAAAGGACAAUGUAAACAUUGAUGAAGCAGCCAACUGCCUUGUGAAACAUAUAUUUGCCAACGAAAGCGACCUAAUGCAGUCUGAGGUUCCAGACACCGUGUCUCCACAGCUAAACUCUACAAAAAACACCAGUUGCUCUGCAUGCUUUAAAUCCUAGGACUGCUCUGAACUACUGAAAUGGAAAUCUGUGGCAUUGUGUGAGUGGGUGUUUGUGUGUGUGUCUGCCUACCAAAUGGGAUCUUGACCUCUCAGUAUUACAAAAAGGUUGUUUUUUUUGUUUGUUUUUUGUCCAUAUCGUGUAUGUGCAUUAUUGAUAAAUGAAGAAAGGGUUCAGGUACAGCCCUAAACAUUACUAAACCAAAGGAUAUGUUCACCUUACCUAUGAGUCUCUUAAGCAGAUUGUAAUAUUGGCGCUGUAAACCCAUAAUCCUACUCUACUGUAGAGCUUUUCCUACUGUAUUUCUGUUACAUUCAGUAAUGUGACGAAGGGGCCAAUAAAUCACCCUUGGAGGAAAGUUGCUGCAGGAUUAAUAUGGAGCUAAAGGGUGGAGGUGAAAGGGUUCCCUUGAGAAUCUUUCAAAAUACAUCUCUGUUUACACUUCAACAAACAGAGAACACAUAUCUGCACACGACUUUAAUUAUUAUUAUUAUUAUUAUUUAUUUCUUAGCAGACGCCCUUAUCCAGGGCGACUUACAAUCGCAAGCAAAUACAAAUACAUUCAAGUGUUACAAUAUAAGUCAUACAAUAAGAACAAGAAAUACAAUAAUUCUCAAGUGUGACAAACCACAAUUCAAUAAUACAGCAGAUAAUAGUGAAAGUUACAUCAGGAUAUGAUUAAGUAGUCCCUCUGAGAGGCCUUCCGAGUAUCAAAGCAGUUGCCUGGAUUUUCAAAUGGCUAUUAAAUAUUCACUCAGAGCCUCACUGUUUACAGGCAUGAAUUGAUUUGACAGCGUUGAGGUUCAAUUCUUUCAUAAGAAAAUAAAUUAAAACUUAAAAAAAAAAUGUCUCAUCAUUCCGAAGGCUAGAACAAAAACAAGUCUAGCGAUACCAAAAUGCAACUUCUAAAGUUGCAUUUUUCUAAAGUCUUCUAGGAGGCUGUGUGGUCCAGUGGUUAAAGAAAAGGGUUUGUAACCAGGAGGUCCCUGGUUUAAAUCCCACCUCAGCCAUGGACUCAUUGUGUGACCCUGAGCAAGUCACUUUACCUCCUAGUGCUCCGUCUUUCAGGUGAGACAUAGUUGUAAGUGACUCUGCAGCUGAUGCAUAGUUCAUAGACCCUAAUCUCUGUAAGUCGCCUUGGAUAAAGGCGUCUGCUAAAUAAACAAAUAAUAAUAAUAAAGUGUGUUAUUUAGUGAGUAUACCAAGGAAAUACCUAUAAAAGAGUAAAAAGGUGAAGUGUCAUGUACGAUUUUAAAAAUAGCUGUGAACAUGGUGCCAUUCCAUUGUGAAAGCAUCAGGUCUUGGGUAAAACACUGCUGAUACUGCUUAAACUAAUAAUAAAUUGGUCCAUUAGUCGAAUGCUGAUUCAAUGGCAGAAACAGCAUGUCUUGUAUUGCUUUUGACACUGCCUUUUUGAAGAGCUUGUGAAACAAAACACAGACAGAUCUGGAUCUUUGCAGUUGUUACGCCUUAAUUCUAUGAGGGGGCUGUUCUAACACAGCUGUGGUGAGAAUGGGUUAAGAACUUGAUGCAUUUUUAAUUACAUGAAAUGUAUCAGUUGUUUACAUUCAUUUUUUGUUCUGCUGUUAAGCUCUUUAGUAAUAUAAAGGUCAUGAAAACACUACUAGCUUCUACAUAUAUAUAUAUAUAUAUAUAUAUAUAUAUAUAUAUAUAUAUAUAUAUAUAUAUAUAUAUAUUGGCAGAGAAGAGCAGAUAAUUCAGAUUUGUCUUACCUUUUAUGUGAAACAUAAAAUAAUAAUGCAAUUACAGACAAUAUUGGGCAAUCGGGAAAAAAUCCUACUAGGAUCAAAGGUAGGUAAACAAUGUAAUAUUAAAUGGAAAGUGACUUCAGCCAUCUUUUUGGACAUCUCUUGUCAUUGCAUGCAGAUGUUGCUUUUUUGGGAGGGUUUUCAAUUAUUAUGUUUUCUUAUGUUGUAUUUAUUUUAACAUUUUAAGUCUCUUAUUUAAGGAGCCACAAUUCACUGGGACUACUUAAACAAAAAGUAUACAUAUUCUGAAGGCUUUUUAAAAGCACCAAUACUUUUUUUUACGUCCAUAAUCACUUGUUGUAAUGAUAUAGAAGAAACAACUUAAUUGCAGGAAUGAGCAGGUUAUGGACUUUUCACAUUUUUAAAUCACUCAAUCUACAGCGUGCUUUUAAGAGGUUGGUUACUCUCGUGGUUCUCAAAGUUUCAGUGCCCACGUGCCUAUUAUAAAUAUUUUAAAUAUUGUUCUCAUUGAAUUCCUACAAGUGUGUCUCCGGUUGGUUGCCCAUGUUACGAUAUCUCAAAAGACGGUUGUACUGUUGGAUUUUGCACUGUAUGUUUGGGCAGUGUUCAAUGCCCUGACUGUAAAAGAUAAUCUGUAACCAAAUGUAUGGUAAUAUUGGAUGAUUUUAUGGUUACUGAUGAUUUUUUUUUUGCCUCAAACUGAAGAAUGUGCUGCUGUCUUGACAGGUUGCCUUUGUAUAUAACAUUGAUUUGAUUUCAAUUCAAUUGAUCUUAUUUGGGAAGCAAUGAGAAUCUACAAGAGCAAAGAACAAAUCUGUUUUGAAAAGAAGGCUUUAAAACCACAAGAUACAAGUUCAAUCCCAGUCUAUUGUGUAUUUUAGUGAGAAUGUGCAUUAAAGUAUUAUACUGUGUACAUAUAUUUAAUCCAUACAAUAUUGUACUUGUCUCUAGAAAUAUAAGAUCAUUAAUAAACAAUAUCUGUAA